CUCUGAUUGGCCGCCCUUUGGCACGCGGGGCUCUCAAUGCGACUGACGUCACGCAGCCCCUAUUUAAUCGGAAGACCCCGCCCCCGUGACCCAGCGCAGUCAGUGGAAGUCGAGCGCCGUGCAGUCAUGUUGAAGGCGGUCUGUGUAAUGAAGGGGACCGGUGAGGUGCAAGGCGUGGUGCACUUCCACCAACAGGCAAGCAGCACGAGCUGGGAGCAGACAGGCUGCUGUUAUACCCGGGGCCCUCACCGGAUAGCUGGCUCUGGGAAUAUGCUGUGUCAUGGCGGCCUGGCAUCAUCCUGUCUGCAUCAUACUGUCUGACUACUGGGCUGGCACUGUGUGUGUGUGAGGGCAGGGGGCUGCCACUGUGUGUGUGUGAGUGAGGGCAGGGGGCUGCCACUGUGUGUGAGGGCAGGGGGCUGCCACUGUGUGUGUGAGGGCAGGGGGCUGGCACUGUGUGUGUGUGAGGGCAGGGGGCUGGCAGUGUGUGUGUGAGGUGAGACGAGGGGGCUGCCACUGUGUGUGUGUGUGUGAGUGAGGGCAGGGGGCUGCCACUGUGUGUGUGUGAGUGAGGGCAGGGGGCUGCCACUGUGUGUGUGUGAGUGAGGGCAGGGGGCUGGCAGUGUGUGUGAGUGAGGGCAGGGGGCUGGCAGUGUGUGUGUGUGAGGGGGCUGGCGCAGUGUGUGUGGGCGUGUGUGUGAGGGGGCUGGCACAGUGCAUUAAACCAUGUUGAAGGAUUAGAGGGGUAACUGUUGGUAGAUUUUGUAAAGUCAUUUACUUUUAUUGUGUAAGCUGAAAUGUAAUAUGCAAGCUCAUCUGCCAACAAGGCAAACCCACUUGGGUGAGUCUUGUGCAAACAAUUCACAUUACUGCUUUCAGCAUGAAGAAACAAUAUCUCUGGUUAACUAGUUUGUAGGGAUUCAUACAGUGUCUCUCUCUCAUAUAUAUAUUUGCAACUUAAAGGACCACUAUAGUACCAGGAAAACAAACUUGUUUUCCUGGCACUAUAGUGUUAAUAGGUACCCCCACCCUCAGGGUCCCCCUCCUGCCGGGAGGAAGGGGUUAAUACCUUACCUUCCUUCGGCGCUGGGGGCUCUCCUCCUCCUUCAGUCGUCAUCGGCUAAAUGUGCAUGCGCGGCAAGAGCCACACUCUUUCAGCCAGUCCAUAGGAAAGCAUUCUCAAUGCUUUCCUAUGGACGCUGGCGUCUUCUCACUGUGACAAUCAGUGAGAAGCGCCUCUAGUGGCUGUCAAUGAGAUAGCUACUAGAUGCUGGAUAAACCCUAAUGUAAACAAACUGCCAGGUUUACAGCAGGCAGGGUUAACCCUAGAGGUACCUGGCACCCAGACCACUUCAUUGAGCUGUGGUCUGGGUGCUCCUUUAAAGUAACACUCAACAUUAAAAGAGAAAUCUCUGUUUAGUGGAUAUAUCGCAGGAAAAAGAAAUGUAGGCAUGUUUUCAUUGUGAGGAAGUCCCCUUUUUCCUCAGCAGACUGCGUUAGAAUCCACUGAUUCCCAACCACGAGUGCGUGUGGGGGCAGGAUGCAGAAAUUGGGGAUCCUAAGAUGCAAUGAGCCCUGUCAAUGGGCAUAGGACUCCCUAUGAAUUGGGGCAGACACCACUGUUAGCCUGAGAGGCAUUUCUUCUUCUAUUUAUAAAAUUGCAGAUUUCUCAAAGGCAGACUUUUUUUUUUUUAUAAAGUGAAACUACAAUGGAAUACUUAAUCAACAAAGUGUUGAAAUGCUUUGUGUGGAGUGAUCCUUUUAAAGUGACUUGUCAAAUUAGGCCUUCCAUAAGAGAUUUGACUUGGCAGGUAAGCUUAUGCUUUAAUUGCCAUUCCAGCAUUUCUAAAAACAAAUGUACGUUUAAUUCAGGAUAGUGCCCCAACAUAUUCCUUUGUUAAAUUACUGUUUCACGUUUGUCACAUGACUUCAAAAUUUUUUUUUUUUUUUUAAAUUCAAUAAAGCACACAACAUCAAAGGUUAAAGAUUUGAUCUGCUAGCCCCUUUUUAGCAUGCUGAUGUGCCAAAUCCAAGCAUAAAUGGUUUAAUCAAAGGCAUGCUUUAUAACCAAAAUCCGUAGUUACCUCUGGAAAAGAAGUCUGAAAUUUUGUUUUAAUUGCCUAUAAUGGACAUGCAUAAAGUGUGUAUUUUAUAACAAAUCAUUAACAUUUUAGACUGUUUCCAAACAAAAGGUUAACUGUUUUAAUCCUUUAAAUGUCAAUCCUUUUAAGCCUUGCUAAUUUUCUACAGUGAAACUAAUUUUACUCCAGAAUAAAUUCCUGUCAAUUUCGGUUAGCAGUGUCUGUUGGGAUAAUGCAGUCCUGUGUAGCAGGUUUAGUGCAUGUUGUGAUAGUAAGGCAACUCCUCACGUGAUGGUCCUUUCACCUAAUCCUGACGUAGGUCCAAAGUACAGGAAGCUUACCUUUGAUGCCCCAGCAUUUGGCUCUAGUCAUGCUGAUUAAUCAAAUAGUUGCAAUUCUGCAGUCUGACACAGACCUGAUAGGCAGUGAUUUUCAGGUAGCCUUAGUAAUUUUGUUACUGAUUAUUACUGAACAUGCCAGUACAAUGAGGUUUGCAUGUUGCUGAAGUUGGCUUUGUAUUCAAGACAGUUUCUUAUUUAAAGGCUGAAGUUGGCUUCUUUUUCAUAUUUACCAAAAAAGUAAAACCCAAAAAUACCAAUAUGCACUCAGUGUAUGUGUAUGUAAUAUAAUUGGUCUUUCAGAAGUGUGAUUAAAUCUCCAGAGUAUAUACAAUUCCUCUAAAAUCUGUGCAUAGACUAAAAAAAACCCAUGGUGCAUUUGGUAAAAAAAUAAAGGUGAUAGCCAUGCGAGUGAUUUCAUCUUGCAUCCUAAGGGCCAUACCAAACUCCGCAUAGGUAGCUCCAAGGUGCCAGUUUUUAAAAUCAAGCAAAGGGGCAACUGUAGAUGGAGAAAACAAACAAAAUGUAAUUUAUUUUCCUUUAAGAGAUUCUUUCAGAAUCCAAAUUAAGAGUAUACAGUGCCAAAGUAUUAAUUUUGAAUACUCAUACUCUUAUUUUUUUUUUUUGCUUAUUCCAGCUUUAAAUUUUUAUUAUGUAAAAAAUAAAUAGCCCUAUAAUUGAACAGGGAUGGGUCACCCCCAUGUCUUUCUGUAGAAUGGCCUGAAACACAAUUUCAUAUACCUCCUCUGGAUAUUGCCCACAUGUUCCACUACACGAUUUGUAAAACUUCUAGUGGUCAUUCCUAUAUAAACGGGAGGCCACACUAGCACUAGGGGAGGUAUGACACUGGUGGAAAGGCAGGUAAGGACCUUAAUUUUUAUAUUUAUUUGUAGAAUAAGACUUACGAAUUUCUUACCAGCCAUAGAAGUGACUCUGUAGGCUGUCAGUAUGACAUCCAUUAGAUAUAAACAAUUUCUCAAACGGAAAUAUCUUACAUUGCAUGUGAAAAUGGUCUUGACCACUGCUCCUAGGACAUUUCAUUUGACAUGAAGUGUCCUGAGUGACUUAGUGGAUGUUUAAACAGUCUCUUUAGUAGCACUCAAAUGGCUGUUUAAAGUGUAAGCUUACUUGCCCCAUCAACUUCAAAGACUCCUAUGGUAACAAUUAUGCUUGCUGCUUUUAGCUAAAAAGUAAAAUGAGAAUUGUAUUCUUAUAAACCUCUACACACUUACUAAACCUUAAUAGGGCACACACAGGGUGGGCUCCAUCACUGCAACAUGGCUGUCUAAUAGAGGCAAUGGAUUAAUUACAUGCAUAACUUUUCAUUCCAUGUGUUUAAGUUUACUUUUACUUUCAUUUAGCAUUCUACAAAAUCUUUAUAAUUUGUAUUUUGUGGAAUACUAUAUUAUUUGUACAGUCUUUAAAUUUUCGUGAGCUGUACAUCCAUUUUUUCUUUUUUAAACUACGGUGUAUAUAAAAUUUUUAGUGACCAGAGAACUUGCCACUAAUGUACACCAUGUAUCUAUAAGCACAACUGCUCUGUAUGCCUUUAUUGUUUGCCUGGUCAUGAUUAAAUAUUUAAAGGAACACUAUAGUCACCAGAACAUCUACAGCUUAUUGUAUUCGUUCUGGUAAGUAAAAUCAGUCCCUUCAGGCUUUUUGCAGUAAACACUGUUUUUAGCAGAGAAAAUGCAGUGUUUACAUUAUAGCCUAGGGAUACCUCCACUGGAAACUCUUUAGAUGGCUCCUAGAGAUACUUCCUGGGGCAGUGCUGCACACCCUCUGCAUGGAUACACUAAACUUAAUAGAGAUGCAUGGAUUCAAUAUAUCUCUAUGAGGAGAUGCUGAUCGGCCAGGGCUCUGCUUGGUUUGUGCUGGUUCUGCCGCUCUGACUGUCUCAACCAAUCCGAUGCUUUUCUUAGUUGAAAGCAUUGUGAUUGAGUGACAUCAGAAUUGAUCUAAGCAUACUAGCUACAUCAGGGACAGAGCGAGCAGCAGCAGACUGGAAUAAAGGUAAAAUUAUUCUAUAUUUGGGUGGGGAGGGGUAGAUGGUGUUUUUAACACAAUAGGGUCAGUAAUACAUGUUUCUGUUCCUGAUUCUAUAGUGUUUAAGUUUGUUUGUUUGCAGUGUGGUCUUGGCUUGGGGAAAGCACUAUGCUUUUCUAUACACCAUAGCUCAGAUGAUGAGACAAUUGUCCUGUACAUAGUAUAUGGAUCAGGUGGUCUUCAGCAAAGUGACAUUACUCUGCUUUAAAACUGCUGGCACAAUCACCAGAAUCUGUUCUAUAAAGUGUGCUUUUCUGAAGCUAUAAUCCUCCUUAAAAUUCUUAACCGUUCUGUAAUGAAAAGGUAAAUGUGUGUUCAACGUGAUAUUUUACGGUUUUUGUUUUGUUUUUUUUGCCUGUAGGGUGAUGGACCAGUUACAGUUACAGGGACUAUUACAGGAUUGACUGAUGGAAAACAUGGCUUCCAUAUACACGCUUAUGGCGAUAACACCAAUGGUAAGAGCCUAGUUUUUGGAAAAUGGUGUCUGCUAGACUGUUACCAUAGCAGCCACAUCACCUGUGAGGUCUCUUCUGCUCUCCCUUAGAAAUGUAUUAUUUUGCCAUACUCUAUGAUGAAUUAACUGCGAGGAAAAAACUAUUUUAAACAGGUAUUUCUCCCAAUAUAUACAAUGUAUAGAUACAAUUUAAUUUUUUUUUUAAAGAGCAAAAGUAGUUGGUUCCUUUUAUGCAAGCAUCUUCUGUGCAAAAAAUUAACUUAUUGCAAAUGGCCAAAAAGAUGUGUUCACAAACAAAUGUCCAUUUAGUGCAAAUAAAGAUAUUGGCAGAAUUAAAGGGAAACUCCAGUGCCAGGAAAACAAUCCAUUUUCCUGGCACUGCAGGUCUCCUCUCCCUCCCAAUCCCCGGUAGCUGAAGGGGCGAAAACCCCUUCAGGUCACUUACCUGAGACCCCGCCGAUGUCCCUCGGUGGUUUCUGCUUGCUGCUGCUCCUCCCAGUGAUUACGUCAGCCGGUGGGCGAGACUGAUCCCGCCGGCUGAGGAAACCUAAUGCGCAUGUGCGGCAAUGCAGCGCAUGUGCAUUAGCGCUCUCCAUUAAUGCUUUCCUAUAGGGAAUUGAGCGACGCUGGACGUCAUCACACAGCAUGAGGAUGUCCAGCGAUGCUCUAGCACAGGUUUUCUGUGCUAUAGAGCUGGAAGUGCCCUCUAGUGGCUGUCUAGUAGACAGCCACUAGAGGGUGGAGUUAACCCUGCAAGGUAAUUAUUGCAGUUUAUAAAAAAAACUGCAAUGAUUACCCUUGCAGGGUUAAGAGUAGCAGGAGUUGGCACCCAGACCACUCCAAUGGGCAGAAGUGGUCUCGGUGUCUACAGUGUCCCUUUAAACGUCCCUGUAUAGGGUGAAGCUUCAAGGGUUACCCCAAAGACUUCCUCUUGGAUUCCACGGAAUAUGUAUAUAAAAGAAAUUGGGGAGUAUCUGCUAAAUCAAUAGAAAGCAAAACAUUGCCUAUAACUGUGUGGAUGAAGUGCCAAAAUAUUGCAAUCCCAAAUGGCCACUCACUUUCAAUGAAGUAACGAAGCCUUGUAUAUGGUUCCAUUCAGGGGUUGAAUAUUCUGGAUCUAUUCAAAUCACCAUAUGCUGAGGAACAUGUGCUCAAGAGAAGAGAAGAAAAUAAAAUUCUAAUGCAAAUCAGAAUGUGUAGUAAUUGUCUUUAUCCAUGCCGUUAUAUGCUAUGUUGUUUUGCUUUCUCUUUCUUUUGAUUUAGCAGAUCCUCCCCAUUUUUUGUAUACAAAAAUCUGCAACUUGAAUCCCAGGUAUCUGGUAAUUUUGUUAUUACCGGUACUCUUCUUAAAUGUGUGAUCACUGCAUGCCGUUCAUCUUACAGCAAACAAAUGGAUAGAUAGCUCAGGUGCUCAAGGAAUCUUCUACGUCAGGGUUUGGUAACCUGUGGCCCAUGUGGUGCUUCAGAAUGGCAUAAGAGCCUUCUAGACCCAAAUGGGUCAGAGCAGAUGGUGAGUGCAAGGGAGCCUGUAGUCUGCACUUCCAGCGUGUAGGCACACAGCUAACCCUUCCUUGUGUUCCAAUGCUUCUUGGAGUCUGUCGCAGCACGAACAUGGCAAAGCUCUCUGGGAAAGCACCAGAACAGAGACAAAGGGAUGAGUGGUCUGCACCUACAAAAGGUGCAGUCCAUGACCUGCAACCACUUGCCACGAGAAAAAGGUAGAUUAAAGGAAGGUUUGAGAUUCUUUAUGACAGACAGAACAAAGCCACUGACUUCUCACUAGGCGGAAGAUUCUUCACUUUAUCACACAUUAUCAUCCUGGAAAGAGGGAGUAGGCACAAGUGUUUACUUGGUUUAAAUGCAGUAAAUAUUUUUAUUUUAAGAGCAAUUUAAAACAAAACCUGCAAAUGUUUCCCCCACAUCAUAUUUAUUUCUUUAUUACUGGUAUUUAUAAAGCACCAACAGAUUCUGCAGCGCUGUACAAUUAGUGGAGUACUUGCAAUAUACACAAAUACAAAAGGUAGAGAUGGCCCUGCCCAUAAGCUGAGAUCUAGCUAUUUAAGCUUUUAUACAAAGUGCUUAGCUAGAUAACCCGUGAGCUUACAAUCUAAAGGAUGCAGUGGGGAUUUGAGACAAGAGGUAGCGGGAAAUUUGGAGGUGAAGGCUAAAAGAGUUAACAGAGGAGCAGCUAUUGGUAAAAUAUAUAUGUCUCAAAAAGCUGGAGUAGCAUGCUAUAUAUUUAGGGGGGACAUGGGUUGGUAGUGCUGAGGAAAAAUGCAGAACUGGAGUUUUGUUGGUUCUGUGAGUGUGGGAUGAGGCCUGAGGAACAGAGCUGGAGAUGGAACAGUUCUAUGAAGGCAUUAACAGCCAGGAGAAGCAUAGGAAAAUGGGUAGCGUAGAGUAGCCAUGCAUACAAAUACCACAGAUGGCAUACAAGUACUAAAAGCAAACUACAUACACACUUAACAUACAGCAUGCACGCCACAUGAACACAUAGCACUACAAACAAUUCACAUAUACCCAAAGGCAACUUCCAUCACACACUCCUUACUACUCUCAACACAACAGAUGGCCCCCGUCACAGACAAUACUUAUCAGACAGCCUUUAUUCUCACAGGACUACAGACAGCCCACACAUACAAUAGGUUGCCCACAUUAAUAAAUUUGGUUAUUUUUUAUUUUAAAUCCCUUUUUUGAAUGACUGUACUAAAUAUUCUAUUGAUUUUGGUUUGAGAAUUAGAAAUAAAAUGCUGUCUAAAACAGUACUUGUCUUUCCAUUUUUCAGGCUGUAUUAGUGCUGGCCCACACUUCAACCCAGAAAAUAAAACUCAUGGGGGCCCUAAAGAUGAAGUGAGGUAUGUGGUUACUGUCUGCUCAUACUUUAACAUGUUGACUUUCCAUCCAUGCUUAAUAACCUCUCGUCAGAUUUCUCAUUUAAGAAACAUUUUAGGACAAAUUGCACUCAUGCUUGUGUCUAGCCAAUCAUGCAUAUCUCUAAAUCAUCUGAGUUCCUUUUUAUUCCAUUAUGAAAUAUCUCUGCAGGCACGUUGGUGAUCUUGGCAAUAUAACUUCUGCAAAUGGUGAAGCAAAAUUUGAGUUUACGGAUAGUGUGAUUUCUCUUCAUGACAAGCACGACAUUAUUGGACGUACCGUUGUGGUAUGAUUUUUUUUUUUUUAUAAAACCUUGCUUUCUCAUAAAUGUACCUGUGAAUUGUAUCUCUACUAUUCUCAUGAUCUGCAAGUGAUUUUUUUACUAAAAUGUGAAUUUUAAGCUUGAUGAGCAAACAUGGCAGUCUCACUACUUACCUAAAAUUAGAAUUUUGAGUUUAAAUUCCUGACCAUAAAAACACAACUGUUAUUGCUUUAGAAGAUAACAUGUCAGCAAGUUAAAACACUGUAGGAUGUGAUGGUAGUUUAGUUACAGAAAUAAUAGUGUUCAGAAUACAAACCUUUAUUUCUUAUGCUAUAGUGACCCUGUCCCUAGUUUAAAUAUAGAUCAUAAAAUAUUAAAGGUACUCACCUUAUUCUAGUGCUAAAGUGCCCUCCAUGCUGCUCACCUCACUACCUCCCACAAUGUCAUUGAGGCAUUGCCUCCUCUGUGGUGGUCCAAUCUGAUGUUCCUCAGAGUAUGGGGGUCCUGAUCCAUAUGCUUGGCAUGUGUUGUACGUUUCAAAUUUAACAGAAAAGCAUUGUAUUCAAUGUUUUCUUUUUAUCCUCCGCAUUACGUGACUGCUUAACUCAGUGAGGGCAGUGGAAAGACCGCUAAUGUACUGAUUUAAAGACAGGGCAACUGCAACCCAAACAAUCUUAUUGAGAUGAAUCUGUCACUUAUUACUCAAAGUGCUUGUAUGCCUGUCCAAAAUUUAUCUUCCAAAAAAAGCAAACACCUCAUUUAUAAUGCCCUAUUGCAUGCCUUCCCCUUCUCCCUCUGCUCCUUCCAAGAAACUCUUAAAAACCUUUUUUUAAAAAUAAGAUUUGACUUGCUUAAAUCCAGCGCCAGACGAAGGUCCCAGUGCUGUACAACAUGCAGCCGUAUGUCAGGGGAGCCAUGCCGAGGUCCAAUCAAAGGUGUGCUACGAGCUAGCAAAGGAUGGGAAGGAGAGCUUCUGCCGGCACUUUGACAACCAACAUAAAAUAUGCACAGAAUUGACAUUGGGUAGCAUGGAACAGCGUUCUAGGAUGCCUGUCAUGUGUUGUGAGCCGAUGGUUUAACUGGCCCCUGGAUGAAAACCCUGCACAUCCAGACACCUGCCACCAUGACCACUUCAAAAAUCAGAAAUUAUCAUGGUGGUUGGAGUUACACUUUUAAUAUGUUUUGAGACCAUAGUUUUACUAGAAUAGAAUUGGAUAGCCUGCUUAGUAGGGCACAUGACUAUGGAUCACCAGACUGGAUAGUAAAACGUACAAGGACAAAGUGGAAGGCAUGGUAACUUGGGUCACAGUAGUGGCCUGUAUUUUUAGACUGUAAGCUGAUCGGUUAACUAAAUACUUUAUAUUUGGCGUUUGCAAUGCUUUUAUAUAAAUUUGCAAGCAGGAUCACCGUGUAUUAGUUGGUCUAUAUGGUCUCCUCAGUUGCACAGGGCUACAGAACAUGUUGGAAACUUCUAAAUACAAACCGUAAACCAGAGAAUGAACUUUAUAUGCAUUCUGCAAAUUACCAGAGCUGAAUUCUAAGUCUUUCUUUUCUAACUGUUUUCAUUCCUUUCCCAUUAGGUCCAUGAGAAGGAAGAUGACCUGGGCAAAGGUGAGAAUGAUGAGAGCUUGGUGACUGGCAACGCCGGUGGCCGCUUGGCAUGUGGCGUAAUCGGACGUGCUCAGUAACAUGGCUGUAUGUGAAAGCUCUUGGUUUCGUGGCCUGACAUACAUUGUUCAGAUUAAUGGCAGUAAAUGUUAAAAUUCUAUAUUUCCUGUUCAAUUUACUAUCCAUCUGUAAGACUGCUGGAAAAGCACUGUGACCAACUACUAUACAGAAACAACUUUAUAUAUAAAGUUUAUAUAACUUUUCUGCCUUGUGAUGUCAUUCAAUAAAAGUUCACCUUGGUCACCUAUGUGCGGUGCAACAUGAAACAUUCCUAUUUGACCUGAAAUAUUGCAUUCUCAAAUAUCUAGCUUCUGAUGUUAACAGGCUGCAUGUACUGUAUUGGUUUCUCUCAAAAGGACCAUUCAGUUUGGCCAAAUAAAGUUUAGCCUGUUAAAGGACCACUAUAGUGCCAGGAAAACAUACCUUUUUUUUUUUUCCUGGCACUAUAGUGCCCUGAGGGUGCCCACAUCCUCAGGGUCCCCCUCCCGCCGGGCUCUAGGGAGAGGAAGGGGUUAAAAUCUUACCUUUCUCCAGCGCAGGGCGGGGAGCUCUCCUCUCUUCCGAAUGCGCAUGCUGCGUGCGCAUUCAGCCAGUUGCAUAGGAAAGCAUUUACAGUGCUUUCCUAUGGACGCUGGCGUCUUCUCACUUUUUUUUUCAGUGAGAAGCAUGCAAAUGCCUCUAGCGGCUGUCAAUUAUAAAAAAUAAAAAUAAUAAAAGGGUUAAUACUAGAGGGACCUGGCACCCAGACCACUUCAUUAAGCUGAAGUGGCCUGGGUGCCUAGAGUGGUCCUCUAGGCAUUUGUUACACAUGCCAUCUAGAUCCUUAUCGGGUAGACAAAUGUUCUCUGGGUACUCUAACCUUCAUACUGGUACAAAAACAGAACUCUGGAAGGCUAUAAAAAAGUUAAUUCUCUAGUCAAACUGUAACCCUGUUAAAACUUGUCAAUGUCAUUCAAAUUCUCUUUAAAGCAAAAAACGUGUGGUUUAAAAAAAAAAAAAAAAAAACCUGGCUGAGACCAUGCUCUACAAACGUCUUUCCUCAAGAGUGUCCCAACAGAGCUUUUUGGCAAGAACAUUUGGAUAUUAGACUUUUGAAUACAGUGAUUUUAUUUUUUUAUCUUGGACUUUGAUGGGUUCUGUAGAAAUAACUUUAAAUACUAAUUUUGGUGUAGAAAAGCCGCAUUGUACUACUCUAAACUAGUCCCUACUCCUGCAUUGGAAUUUUGAGGAGUGUCCAAAUAGUCUGUAGAAGAAUCUAUUUUAAACACAACUGAGGAAAUUGUCUUUCAGAGCGUUUGAUCCAGUUAUGUGUCCAGAUACAAUCCUUGCUUGUUACAUUGGUUCACUCAGGCUGAUUUUUGAGGAUGAGGGGGGGAAAUGCAAACACUGGUGCUAACAUAUUGCAACAACUUGCUUUGCAGAGCUAGUGUUCCAGAUUUAAGAGCAGCACAGUUUAAGUUUUUCCAAGAGGGCUGACUUACUCACUUGUUUGGGCAGGGGUUGUCAAAUAUGCAAAUCCAACAGUUGGAGAUAAUCACACUAUAAUAGUUUGCUGGCAGCAAGUGACUUUAUAGAGAUUUGAAAGAGAUCCUUCAUGGACAGCUGGAAGUCUUUAUUUCUGCUUGUCGUGAAGACGCUCAAAGAUUAUUUCUAAAUUCCAAACAAAAAUCAAUAAAGCAAGGAGGUGGUGUCUGAAAGCCAUUCCAGAGCAGUGAGAUUUAUUUAUCAUAAUCCAGUUCUAUGAAUUAUCCAAGGCACACAAGCUUGCCUCUGCAUCAGACUGACUCAUUUCCCCCCUGCAAUAUGGCAUAGCAGCUGCUCCAGUUUCCCCACCCUUCCUUGUGCUGGGGGGAAAAUCCUGGUCCACACAAGACUUGCUAUCUCCCUGCUCACUUGACAAGAUGUUUUAGAGACAUCAUCUCAAUCCAGACAUUGUAGCCAUCCUUGGCCACUGUACUUCAGAUGGAUGUAAAAGUUAAUCUUAUUCUCACACAUAGUGUAUGUUUCGUAAGACGUCUGAGUAACUCAGGUCUAUGUAAGGACUUUUUUUUUUUUUUUUUUCCUAUGUGUAUUCCAAUGGGGAUUUUUAUAUAAACACCUGGGGUGCCCAAAAGGUAGAUAUUCAGCAGUUGUAGAACUACACCUCUAAUGAUGCAUGGUAUGUUUGAGAGUGACAAAGCACCAUGGAAGCUGUAGUUUUAGAACAUCAGGAGAUCUAUCAUCUAAUGACUUAUACAUGUGGCUUUCCCUAUUGCAUUUGUACUGUUUUCUGCAAACACUACUCAUGACUCCCUACUUUUUUUACGCUUGCUUUUCUUUGACCAAAGCAGGAGCUUAAGCCAACUCUAUUUCCUGUGUCAAGGAGAGUAUUCCCAUCAUACUCUCCCUUCUCAUUGACACAAGAAAUGGAGCUGGCUUAAGUUCCUGCUUUGGACAAAGAAAGUAAAGGGAAAACUACACAGGACAAAGUAGUCCCCAUUUUAUCUUGGGUUUAAAAAUAAAUUUGAGAAGAAAUAAAAACAGAUUCUGAGAGAGGAAACCAUGAGAAAGGUAAGUUUGGUGUGACUGUGCUGACUUAAGAUGAAUUAUUUAAAAAUCCCUUUCCUGGAACCUAUCUUGAGGAAAGAAAAACCACCCAAGCCAUUAUUCCUUUUCCACCAAUAUUAACAGUAUGAACUUUGCAGGAAGGCAGGUACUACUUGUCUGGUGCUUGACAAACCUAGAGUGUCCACAUAAUCUAAAGAAAAUUCCACGGCUCCAUAGCUCACUGGCUGUGAGGUUGUUGGUUUUCUAUUCACUGUGCUCCCAUGUCUGUGCUCUGUAUUCCAUUUGUUUUGAUUAAUGUAAAUGUUUCAAAGUUUUUCCAGUGAUUGUGGAAGAUGCUAAAAAGAAAAAAAAAUUCUUAACUUGAGUGGAAACGAACUUUUAUUUAGUUAAUGUUUAUUCAGAAGGAAAACGUGCUUUGGAACACGAAACUAACCUGAUGACGUGUAUUGGUUAUAUUAACCUCUUUAUGGGGAAGACCUCUGAUACAUUGUAUGGUUUUUACACCAUGUAGCUUGUAAAAUGUAAGACCAUAUUAACAAAGCUCUUGACUAACAGUUCAUAUUCUAACUCCCUAAUGCAGUUUGGAUCUUGGCAGUUAAUACUGAAUCCAAGGGCAGAUUACUUUUUUUGGCAUGGCGGUUGUGGGACUGUAACCACAAACAUUUUAUGGCUGGACUGUUAUUGUCGUGUAGAGAUGUCAAGGGGUGAUAACUCUUACUGGGAUGCUAGUUGGAAAUAUAGAUUGAAGCAUUUAGCUAAUUCUUAAAAAGACAUGGGGGAGUGGGGCACUACAGUAAUCUAUAGCACCAGGAAACCCACUUUGUUUUCUUGGCACUAUAGUUUGGCCUGAAAUCUAUAUUUCUUGCUUGUACCCCAGCAAAUGUUAUCACCCCCUUGAUGUUUUCACAUCACAAUAUCAGUGAGGCCACAAAUUGUUAGUCAGUCCCACAGAAUGCAACUGCUAAGCCCUGGAGGUCAUAAUUAAAAAAAGAUGUAAACUGCCUUAGUGAGUUGGUAUGGUGUGAUAGGUAAUGCCAUAAAGCAUUGGGGAUAUUAGUGUGUAGUAGACGAUAGCAACAUUUGUUUUUAAAAGGAAGUUUUGUUUUACUACCCAUGAAUUUCUUUCGUUUUGAAACAAUAAAAGUAGACUUUGUUGAAUCUUCAAUAAAAUGUGUAGUUAACGCAGAUCAGCAUUUGUGUACUGACAAACAUCUAUCCUUUGUACUGCGUAAUAUUUAACCAUCAUAACAUAUAGUGAAUGUCCACUUGAAUCCUCAGUUUAGAGUAACAAAACAAGAUCAUCUUUAAUAGAACUUUUUUUUUUUUGUGGUAACACAAAUAGUGUAAUUUGUAGGAUCUACUAUUGUUUGAAAGUGUCAC